UUUCGUUAUAAUGUCAUCAAAAAAUUAUGGACAAAAAACUUGCGGAACACCGUCAUAUGUUCAAAAAUUUCGUUUCGAGAAUAAAAUAAAAAAAAGGAAACCUUUAAAGAAUUGUUACGACUGCAGAGAAAUGAACGACUCUGUCAAACUUUUUUCUAGUAAAGUUAAUAAAAUAGAAGAAGUUAUUAACAAUUUUUAUAAAAAUCCCAUAAAAAAGAAUAAGAAUAAUCAAUUUUCUAUUUUUAAUGCAAAAUUUACUUUAAAUAAUAUUCCUUGCGAAUUAGAAUAUGAUUUAUCGAAAUUUUCUUUAGAAAAUUUACAUAAAUUGGUAAUUUUUACAACUCAACAUUGCAAUAACGAUAAUAAAUAUUCAUCUUCUAUCACAAACACAAUUUUUAUUUAUUCAUUAAGGUUUAUUAAGAAAUUAUUAAG